AUGGAAUGCUGAAAGCAAGGAUGCAAAAAUAAAGUUAAAGUUUUCUGCAAAUGUGUGGAUCCUCCCCUUUGCUCUUGUGAAAUUCACAUGUACAAGCAUCAUAAAGCUGCUUCGAUUAAUAAACACGAGUUUGAACAAUUAAACUUGGAACCAAAUCAAAAAUAUAAGGAAGCCCUAAUUGAAGAGCUGCAUAAAUUAUCAAAAGAAUUGCUUGAUAUAUAGCCCCUGUAUUUUAAUCAAUCAUUAUUAGCAACCUAUUUUAAUUUUUAAAUUAAAUUUGUCUAGCCAAUUUUUUUAAAUUAAUUUGUUUUUGCCAAUUUUUGAAGGAAAAUCCUCAUAUAAGCUAUAAAAUAA